AGCUCCGAGCACCGCACCGCACCAAACCAAACCCAACGCAAAACCCGGCCUUUGACCAUCCACACCUCCCUACUAUCUCCACCGUCGUCCUCCCUCGCACGCAUCAGCAGCACCAGCGUGCGACAACUCCGAGGCCAGGAGCGGGUUCGCGGUCGAUCGAUGGAUCCGGUGGCGGCGGCAGCGGCGCACGGAGGGGGGCACCACUUCGCGCCGCCGGUGCCGUUCCACCCGUUCCAUGGCCACUUCCCCGGGCAGCAGCAGCAGCAGCAGCAACAGCACCCGGCGUUCCAGCAUUUCCAGGAGCACCAGCACCAGCUGCUCAGCGGGAUGAUGGCCAAGCAGGAGCUCGUCGACGAGAGCAACGCCACCACCAUCAACAGCGGCGGCAGCAACAACGGCAGCGGCGGGGAGGGCGACCACAUCGGAGGAUCCGCGCACCAGCACUUGGGCGGCGAGGAGGGGCAGCAGCAGCAGCAGCAGGCGCUGGCGGUGAUGCGGCGGCCCAGGGGGCGCCCCGCGGGGUCCAAGAACAAGCCCAAGCCGCCCAUCAUCAUCACGCGGGACAGCGCGUCCGCGCUGCGCGCCCACGUCCUGGAGGUCGCCGCCGGCUGCGACGUCGUCGACUGCGUCGCGGCCUUCGCGCGCCGCCGCCAGGUCGGCGUCUGCGUGCUCAGCGGCACCGGCGCCGUCGCCAACGUCUCCGUCCGCCAGCCCGGCGGCACCGUCGCCAGCCUCGCCGGCACCUUCGACAUCCUCUCCCUCUCCGGCUCCUUCCUCCCGCCGCCGGCGCCUCCCUCCGCCACGGGGCUCACCGUCUACGUCUCCGGGGGCCAGGGCCAGGUCGUGGGCGGCUCCGUCGCCGGUGCGCUCGUGGCCGCCGGGCCCGUCAUCAUCAUGGCCGCCUCCUUCGGCAACGCCUCCUACGAGCGCCUCCCGCUCGACGACGACGAGCCGGCCCCGCAGGGCCUUGUGCCGACGCAUUCCUCCCCGCCGCCACUCUCAUUGCCGGCACACCACCAGCAGCAGCACGCGUCGUCUCUAGCGCAGGUGCCCGACCACAACCUCCCCCACAACCUCAUGAACGGCCUCCAGCUCCCCGGCGACGCCUACGGCUGGACAUCCCCCGGCAGCGGCAGCGGCGGUCGCGUUGCCCCCUACUGAUUGCUCGAUCAAUCCAUGGGCUUGGUGGGAAUGGAAGCUAAGAGUUCAUUACCAACUUCUCCCGCCUUUGCUUGUUAUGCUCUUGAUCAUCGAUCCAUCUCUCGUGUGUUGUUAUAAUCUGCUUGCAACUAGCAAGGGAAUGGUUAAAAAAACUAGCGAGAUCCUGCCUGCCCUUAAUUAGUGUGUUUUAAUUUGUACCCUUUUUACCUAUAUAUGCAAUGCGGUGCAUCAUGUUAGUAGGAUGGAGAGGAAGGGCUUAGUCGUAAUUAUAAUUAAGGAGUAGCUCUAUAUCUUAAUUCAUCUGUCCCUGUCUUUGUCUUCAAGCUAUAUGACUAUCUACCUUUGAACAAGCCUGCUUAUUUUAUGGAGAAUGAUGGGUGAGUUUGUUGUUGUUUCUUUUGGGUCA